GUGCCGCCCGAGUCAAUGUCUGCCGGCCCCGUUCACUCGAGCAUUGUCUAACUCGUCAACUCUGUGUUUUGUUUCCGAUACUGUUUAAUUUGUACCUUUAACAACGCCCAAGACUGUCUCCCUACUAGACGUGAAGGUGCCCCCUCCCACCUCCUCUUCGACCAGCCACAACCUCGCCGCAGCUAUGCUGUCUCUCCGCUCCGUCCGCGCCCUGGAGGCCGCGGCCGUCCGAGGGAAGGCGACGGCGGCCCAGCCCCGGCCGCAGCCUGGCGACGAGGAGGACGCCGGCCGAGGCGUGCGGCUGCAGGCCGCCCCUGACCGCCAGGCGGAGCUCCUGGAACAGCUGCAGGAGCGGGAGGUCCGCAUCCCUGUGCCCUGGGGACACGUUGCCGGCAAGUGGUGGGGCCGCACCGACAGGCGGCCGUUGCUGGCGCUGCACGGCUGGGGCGACAACGCGGGCUCGUUCGAGCGUCUCGCCGGCGCGCUCCGCGGCGUGCCCGUGCUGGCCCUGGACCUGCCCGGCCACGGGCUGUCGUCGCGCGUGCCCCGCGGUCUGGCGCCCGCCGACCGCGGCCUGCUGCUCGCCACGCUGCGCCGCGUGCAGCGCGCCCUGGGGCUCACGUCGCUCUCGCUCGUCGGCCACUCCCUCGGGGACGCUGUCGCCCUGCUGUACGCCGCCACCUACCCCACCGACGUGGACAUGUAAGUUGGGCUGCUGAGCGAGAAUCCCAAUUCUUU